AUGCUCUCUUCUCCGGCUACAUUGUUCUUAGUCUUCGCUUCUACAGUAAUCUUCUGUUUGGUUUCUCCGGCGAGAUCCGGCGACGUCGAAGCUCUACUGAGCUUGAAAUCCUCAAUCGAUCCAUCAGACUCGAUUCCAUGGCGAGGAACGGAUCUCUGCAAUUGGGAAGGCGUCAGAGAAUGUAUGAACGGACGAGUCUCGAAGCUUGUUCUCGAGUAUUUGAAUCUCACUGGCUCACUCGAGGAGAAGAGCUUGAACAAGCUGGACCAACUGAGAGUUCUUAGCUUCAAAUCCAACUCUCUCUCCGGCACAAUCCCUAGUCUCUCCGGCUUGGUCAACCUCAAAUCGGUUUACCUCAACGACAACAGCUUCUCCGGCGAGUUCCCGGAGUCUCUCACGUCACUUCACCGGUUGAAAACCAUCGUCCUCUCCGGAAACCGAUUUUCCGGCAGGAUUCCGACCUCGCUGCUCCGUCUCUCUCGCCUUUACACGCUCAAUGUUCAGGACAAUCUCUUCACCGGCUCCAUUCCUCCACUUAACCAGACGAGUCUCAGAUACUUCAAUGUCUCCAACAAUCAGCUCUCCGGCCAAAUCCCAUCAACACGAGCUCUGAAGCAGUUCGACGAGUCUUCGUUUACCGGAAACGUCGCUCUUUGCGGCGAUCAGCUCCAGAGCCCAUGCGGACUCUCACCUGCGCCGUCGGCGAAACCAAAACCGAUACCUAAAUCGAAGAAGAACAAAGCGAAGCUAAUCGGAAUCAUCGCCGGUAGCGUCGCCGGCGGACUCCUAAUCCUUAUCCUUCUGCUAACGCUUCUCAUCUUCUGCUGGAGACGGAAGCGACGGAGCAAAACUCCAAGGGAAGAUAGAAAAGGCAAAGGCAUAGCGGAAGGAGAAGGAGCACCAUCUGCUGAGACAGAGAGAGAUAUUGAGAGGAAAGACAGAGGAUUCUCAUGGGAGAGAGGCGAAGAAGGAGCAGUGGGAACUCUGGUUUUCCUCGGAGCCAGCGAUUCAGGCGAGACGGUUGCGAGAUACACCAUGGAAGAUCUGCUAAAAGCUUCGGCAGAGACGCUGGGGAGAGGAACGUUGGGGAGCACGUACAAGGCCGUGAUGGAGUCUGGAUUCAUCGUCACCGUGAAGAGGCUCAAGAACGCCAGGUAUCCUCGCAUGGAGGAGUUCAAGAGACACGUUGAGAUCCUUGGACAGCUCAGACACCCGAACCUUGUGCCUCUACGAGCUUAUUUCCAGGCCAAAGAAGAACGCUUGCUCGUCUAUGAUUACUUCCCCAAUGGCAGUCUCUUCACUCUUAUCCACGGAACUAGAGCUUCUGGAAGUGGGAAGCCUCUUCAUUGGACCUCAUGCUUGAAAAUAGCAGAGGACUUGGCCUCAGCUCUGCUCUACAUUCAUCAGAACCCUGGCUUAACUCAUGGGAACUUGAAAUCGUCCAAUGUCUUGUUAGGUCCUGAUUUCGAGUCCUGCCUCACGGAUUACGGCCUAAGCACUCUCCAUGAUCCUGACUCAGCUGAAGAGACAAGCGCAGUCUCUCUCUUCUACAAAGCUCCAGAGUGUAGAGACCCACGUAAAGCCUCUACGCAGCCUGCUGAUGUGUACAGCUUCGGGGUCCUUCUUCUCGAGCUUCUAACGGGUAGGACACCGUUCCAGGACCUUGUUCAAGAAUACGGGUCGGAUAUCUCUAGAUGGGUGCGUGCGGUGAGAGAGGAAGAGACUGAAUCAGGGGAGGAACCGACUUCUUCAGGGAACGAGGCAUCAGAGGAGAAACUUCAGGCGCUUUUAAGUAUCGCAAAUGUUUGCGUGACCAUUCAACCCGAGAACCGGCCUGUGAUGAGAGAGGUGUUGAAGAUGGUGAGGGAUGCAAGAGCUGAAGCACCUUUCUCGUCUAACAGUAGCGAACACUCGCCGGGGAGAUGGUCGGACACUGUUCAGAGCUUGCCAAGGGAAGAUCAAGUGAGCAUAUAG